CCCUGCGUGUCCAGUCGAGGAUGACUCCUGCCGGCUGUCUGUUUCUCUGGGCUACCUUGCUUAUCCUGGGCUCCCCGAGCGUUCACACCGCCAGAUCCAAAAUCAACUCCAUCAAAUCUCCGGCGAGUGGGCAAGCCGCCGACCAGACACCCCCGGUCAACCGGUCUGUCGGCUUGCAGCCCGGCAGGCUGAGUAAGAAGAACCCUAUCGCCAGCCAGAAUCAGGCAUGCAGCAAUGAUAAAGAGUGUGGACCCAGUGGGUACUGUCAUCAUUCACACCAUCAAGGCUACCCAUCCUGUGUAUCCUGCAGGCGAAGGAAGAAACGAUGUCAUAGAGACUCAAUGUGCUGCCCAGGAAACUACUGCAGUAACGGUAUCUGUGUACCACUUCUUGAAGGCACCAGUCGCAGAACCCUCCCCGGGGACAUACAAGAGCACACCAAGAAGGGAACCCACCAUGGAUCCAAGGGCACAUAUUGGCAGAUUGUGGGAAACACACAGGCGAAACCAUCACGUGAGAAAGGUCACGAAGGGGACUCGUGUUUGCGCUCCUCAGACUGCGCAGAAGGGUUCUGCUGUGCUCGCCACUUUUGGACCAAGAUCUGUAAGCCAGUCCUCCGCCAAGGGGAAGUAUGUACAAAGCAGAAGAGGAAGGGUUCGCAUGGUUUGGAGCUUUUCCAACGCUGUGACUGUGCAAAAGGACUAGCCUGUAAAAUCUGGAAAGAGGCCAAAUCAAGGUUGCACAUCUGCCAGAAAAUCUGAGUAUGUCGGGAUUCCACUGCGGCCCUGAGACUGUGAAGCAAGGUGCUUUUGUCGGAGCACAUUGUGUAAAUAAUACAGGAUUUGUUAAAGUGCCAUUUCUCUCACCAGAGUUCAUCCAUGCUUAUUGCAAAAUAACAUAGAGCACCAGGUCUGAAGACCACAGCACAUCCAUUCUGAUCAUUCUAUGAUAGCCUAGCACAUCCAAAUUAAUUGAAGACAGUCAGAAACCUUAGUGGGGAGUGUUGAGUUUAGUCUUUCAUUUACUAUUCCAUUUAUAAAGUAUAUGAAAAAAGCAUAAUUCUCAGGAUGUAGGCAUUGCAGAAAAGGUGGCCAUUUUUAGCCCCUCCUUAGCUGCUCCUUGAGCUGAUGGUAGUUUUGAACUGUUUCAGUCAGUGGUGAAGGUAUUGAGGCAUUGAAGGUAUUCAAGUUUUUGAUUCAAAUAAUUAUAACACAAAGUAAGUCUCUGCAAAUGUCUUUCCACACUCCUGCCUCAUUGGUUCUACACUGGCAUUUUGAACGAUUUCUUCUUGUGAUCAGUGCAAUGCCAUCUGUAUAUUGACUAUCACAAGCUCUGCAGUGGUUCAGCCUUCUUCUGUAACCAUUGCAGUCCCUUUGAUCUGCAUCUCAAAUUUUGUUUUCCUAGCAAACUAGGGAAGAUCAGUCACUCGUCAAUGGUGUUGCCCCAAAAUGGUGUUCAUUUCAACUGUAUGAUCCCAUUUAGCAGAUCCACACAAUUGUUAAUAUUACACAGUGAAACGCUCUGCUUAUAAUUCAGUGUAUUUCCUACAACAGUGACUGUGUUAUCCAGACCAUGAAAAUAUAAGUUAAUUUACAGUUCCAUUGUUAGUGACAUAAUUGACAAACGCAGACGUGAGGAAUAUAGGAAGAGGCGUAGACCAUUCAACCCCUUCACCUCCUUUGCCAUUUAAUCAGAUCGUGGCUGCCGUGUACCUCAGUGUACUCACCAUUUCUGUUUAAUAGCCUGGGAUUCCCACAGUUGUUCACUGAAUUAAUUCACAAGUAUCACAAAAGGUAGCAAUGAUGCAACAAAAUUAAAAGCAAUUAGAGGACAAUAUCUGCUAACUUAGCUCAACUAGGAAUAAAUAUUAAUGUAUCAUUAACAUAAUGCCAACCAAAAUGUGAGAAGGCCAUUUUAAAUUAAUCACUAACUACAUGGUUGAAGUUAUUAGGUCUCAUCAUGUUGACUGAAAUGGGCUAAUGGGCCUGUUAAUCAAAUUCUUUUUUCAGCCUACCAUACAAGUCUUUAUUUCUCUUCCAUGAUGCUUAAACUAAUGAAUAUAUUUUGAAAAACAAAGUAAAGAAAGGUAAUUUGAGGGCGGCAUAUGUUAAUUUGUGCUGUAGUAAAUCUGUCAUUACUUUAUAUUGUACAGAUUUAUGUAAAACGGGUUAAAAUCUAUUAAUACUGGGAAGAAGAUGGUGACAGACUCAGAGCAGACAGACAGAUUGGUAGGAUGGACAAAUGUUUAAUCAAGUUUAAUGCAGUGAAGUAAUGUAUUCUGGAAUGAAGACUGAGGAGAAAUGUUACAGAGAUCUAAAGGAUCACAGGCACAGAUUCUAGGAUAUGGCCAAAUAAUUUGACAAGGACAUUGAAAUAAAAAGGGAUCCUUGGCUUUAUAAAUAGAGUCACAGGGUGCAAAAGAAACAAACUUAUGGCAAAAUUUUAAGAAAACACUGGCUUAACUUCCAAGGGAAGAAUUGUGUCCCAUUCUGGGCAACAUCAUUUUGGAAAGAUGUUAAAACCUUGGAGAGGGUGCAGAGGACAUUGAAAAAAGAUGCUCCCAGUGAUAAGCAAAUUCAAUUAUGUAGCGACACUAGUCCCACUGUAAUACGAAUAUGAACAUAGUCCCACUGUAAUACGAAUAUGAACAUAGUCCCACUGUAAUACGAAUAUGAUAAGAACUAGGAGCAGGAGUAGGCCACUUGGCGCGUCGAGGCGGCUCUGCAAUUUAAUAAGAUCAUGGCUG